UGUGUAUAAAGAUCAGUGUAUAUAAUCAAUUCAAGGAUCUCUUUAUCAGACAAUGUAUAGUUGGGAGACGUGGGAGCAGUAAUGAAGCACUGGAGGUCUAGGGCUAUUUCCCCCUUCUUGGGGGAGGUUUACGGUUAAAAGAGUGUUGAUAGAUGCUGGGGAAAGGAUGGGGGUAACUGAGCAGUAAGAUGACUACUUGAAGAAGCCAUGGCCUCUGGUUUGUGGGAACUAGGAGCAGAUAAGGCAGCCAGCCCAACUGCAGCCAGCAGCCCCAUCCACAGGGAGAAAGGGGGGUUACCUCUUCGGUUCCCAGCUCGGAGCUCAUUUCAGGCCGUGCCAGAGUCGGGGAUGGAAAUGGGGGAGCGGUAAGGGUUGGGGAAUGGGAGGAGGGAGGAUGAGAAGAAGGGAGGGGGAUUUCUUCCUCAAGCUUCUUCCGGUUUUGCUGCCAUAUUCCGCUAGAGUUUUUCUUCCCCCCCUUCCCCCCUAGGGAGGAGAGUGAGGGGAGGGGAAGUGGAGGAGGUGGAGAAGGCGAUCGCGAAGGGAGCCGUGAGAGACAAUCUUCAAAACGGGACAAGGGAGACUGGGCUACUAGUCUCGAGGCAGAAGGGCUUGACCUCCUUUUGGCUCCGAUUCGAUCUCCCCUUAUCCCUUUCCCUUUUCAUAGGUGGUGGAUGUAGGGGCGCUAGCUGGGUUUCUCUCCCUUCUCUUCCCUGCUGGGACCCGGUCUUCUGACCCUCGACCUGAAUUCUGCACCGGGGAGAGCGGAGCCAUCUACCCCGCGACCGCGAAGCUUGCUCUGCGCUCAGUACUCAUAGUUCCUCGCCAACAGCUACAGCUAAGGGGUGGGCGGGUGCACCGCGCCCACCACUGAGAUCUUUUUCCUUCGAGUCUCCAUCUCCUCCUCACCUUUUAAUUCUCUAUCGCCCCUUAAGUCCCCCACCCCCAUUUCUAACCCGCUUUCGCGAGCUCCACUCCCUUCUCCUCCUCCCCCUUCCGCGCCUUCCACCCUCGGUUCUUCGCUGCUCUCUCAGAAGCCCAGAUCCCUAUCCCUUAGUUCCUGGCACCCUGAUCCCUAUCCCACACUCCCAGUGCUGGGAUCCCCCUCUCUAACCCCUCUUCCCCCUUAUUGGUCCAUCUCCUCUCUACCAAGAGCACUUAGAAUUUUCCUUUCUGCUCUCCCUCCUUUUUUCCCCUCCCUUCUUUCUCCUCUUUCUCCUCCUUCCCUCCCUCCCUCCGUUUCCCCUCCUUCAUUCCCCUCCCUUUCUCCCUCCCCUCCCUCCCUCGGCCGCCUUUCCUCCUCCUCUCUCCGACCGAUAAUUCAUUCUCCCCACCGGAGCCAGCCAGUCUGGGUGUCGCGGGAGGAUUGGGGGCGAGGAGGAAGAGGAAGAGGAAGAGAUCUACUGUCUUUCUUGAGGAAAGAAGAUGAGGAACUUCAGAGACAUGAAAUGAAUUGUCGACUGUCGCACAGCUACUGAGAACAUCUGGUCCUCCCCUUAUCCCAGUCCUGUGGGUCAGGGACUGAGCCAGGUCUCCUGACUACAAGACCACUUAAAGAAAGUUUGGAUCAGAAGUUUGGGCCAUGGGAAGUAGCAAAAGCAAACCCAAAGACCCCAGUCAACGACGCCGAAGCCUGGAACCCACCGAGAAUGUCCUCCAUAGUGGCUUCCCUGCUUCUCAGACUCCUAGCAAGGCAUCUGUGCCCGAUGCCCACCGCACUCCCAACCCACCCUUUGGGACCACGGCACCUGAGACAAAGCUCUUUGGCGGCUUCAACACAUCAGACACAGUCACCUCCCCCCAGCGCUCAGGGCCUUUGGCAGGUGGAGUGACCACUUUUGUGGCCCUAUAUGACUAUGAAUCCCGCACUGAGACAGAUCUGUCCUUCAAGAAAGGGGAACGCCUUCAGAUAGUCAACAACACGAGAAAAGUGGAUGUCAGCCAGACCUGGUUCACAUUCAGAUGGCUCCAAAGAGAAGGAGACUGGUGGCUGGCCCACUCACUCACCACUGGACAGACUGGCUACAUCCCCAGCAACUACGUGGCCCCAUCUGAUUCUAUCCAGGCUGAGGAGUGGUAUUUUGGCAAGAUCACCCGUCGGGAGUCUGAGCGGCUGCUGCUUAAUUCGGAGAAUCCCCGAGGCACAUUUCUGGUCCGGGAAAGUGAGACUACCAAAGGUGCCUAUUGCCUUUCUGUCUCUGACUUCGACAAUGCCAAGGGCCUCAAUGUAAAACAUUAUAAGAUCCGAAAACUGGACAGUGGAGGCUUCUACAUCACUUCCCGCACACAGUUUAACAGCCUGCAGCAGCUCACGGCCUACUACUCCAAACACGCUGAUGGCUUGUGCCACAGACUCACCAACGUCUGUCCGACGUCCAAGCCGCAGACCCAGGGCCUGGCGAAGGAUGCCUGGGAGAUCCCCCGGGAGUCCCUGCGGCUAGAAGUGAAACUGGGUCAGGGCUGCUUUGGAGAAGUGUGGAUGGGGACCUGGAAUGGCACUACCAGAGUGGCAAUAAAGACCCUGAAGCCUGGCACUAUGUCCCCAGAAGCCUUCUUGCAAGAAGCACAGGUCAUGAAGAAGCUUCGGCAUGAGAAGCUAGUACAGCUGUAUGCUGUGGUGUCUGAGGAGCCCAUCUACAUUGUCACAGAAUAUAUGAACAAGGGGAGCUUGCUGGACUUCCUUAAAGGUGACAUGGGCAAAUAUCUUCGGCUGCCCCAGCUGGUGGACAUGGCUGCUCAGAUUGCAUCAGGGAUGGCCUAUGUGGAAAGGAUGAACUAUGUCCACCGAGACCUCCGGGCUGCCAACAUCCUGGUGGGAGAGAAUCUGGUGUGCAAGGUGGCAGACUUUGGGCUGGCCCGGCUCAUUGAGGACAAUGAGUACACUGCCAGACAAGGUGCCAAAUUUCCCAUCAAAUGGACAGCCCCAGAAGCUGCCCUAUAUGGCCGGUUCACCAUCAAGUCUGAUGUGUGGUCCUUUGGAAUCCUGUUAACUGAGCUGACAACCAAGGGUCGAGUGCCAUACCCAGGAAUGGUGAACCGGGAGGUACUAGACCAGGUUGAGCGAGGAUACCGGAUGCCCUGCCCACCAGAGUGCCCUGAAUCCCUGCAUGACCUCAUGUGCCAGUGCUGGCGAAAGGACCCUGAAGAACGGCCCACAUUUGAAUACCUGCAAGCAUUUCUGGAGGACUACUUCACUUCCACAGAGCCCCAGUAUCAGCCUGGGGAGAACCUAUAGAGUUGGGCUGGGGCCCUGGUGCCAAAGACUCCCUCUUGUCCCUCAGGAUUGUCCUGAGGGCUUGCUGGGCCAGAGGCCUAUCCAGCUGAGACCAUGGUGCUGUAGCUAUGGUGGGCUCUUCCCAGAGCUUAGGCAAUGGCCACUUCUUCCCCCUUUGCCUGGCCAGAGGGACUUGGUCACAUCCUCCCUGCCAACAGUGAUGAUGAUUUUUGUCCUUGAGGUGAGCAGGAGUGAGGUGGUGGCCCUAGAGCUACCAGUGAUGGAGCUGAAGGGCUGAACGUCUGAGCCUUAGGCCUAUUCCAUCAUAGGCAUUCCAGCCCCUAGUCUCCUUCUGCUCAUUGGGAGGAUGGAGAAACCAGAUUCCUGGAGCAGCAGAUCUCAGGCUGAUGGCUCAGCACUGAAGGUCAAUAUGGGCACUGAAAACUCCUUUCCCUUCCCUAAUUGUCCCUUGUCACUCCCUCCUCCCCCCCAAAACAUGAUUCCCUUCCUGGGCUAGCUGUCUUGUUGUUUGGUGUUAACAGCUAAUCCAGCAACAGGUUCUUAAGGAAAAAAGAGCUGAGGGCUUUGCUUGGGUGGCUAAGGGAUGGUCAGUGCCAUUUCUGCUCACAGCUGAAAGCUAAGACUAGCCUCAGCCCUUCUGAGCCACAUCUAGCUCAGCCCAAAGGGCCUGGAUUCUGCUCAGAUGAGGCAAAGGCCUAAGUCUAGCUCAGUGCACAUCAGGUUGCAGAUAUCAAGUCUUCCAGUCCCUGUCCAGUCUAGUCUCCUUUCUUUAAUAGUUAACAACACAGGACUUUGCCCAUUAGAAAAUCACCAUGAAGAGCUCUUGUUGCCAUUUUCUGGGACUUCAUGUUGAGGACUCUCCCCUCUUCCCCUGGAAAUUGGUUGAACAUUUCUGGUAGAUUCUUUCUCUGAGAUCCCUCCCAUUUAAUGUUUGGUUGUGGUUGGCAAACUUCUGCCCAGUCUUUUGGCCUCGUACCUAUCAAAUCCUUUCCUCCACCUCCUGGUCCCAAUUUAUUCACUCCCAGCUUCAUGAAUUGUCCAAAGGUCCUCUUUGUCAAGCUGAAGAGCCACACCUCUAAUCCAGGGGUCCUGCAGGGCUGAUUCUUCUCUCACUCUUUACUCAUAAUACUCUUCCCUGCCAGUUCAUGGAGGUAAGAAAUCUUGCUGCCCCUAGCCAUUAUGCUUGAAAUCCCUUCAGGAAAGCUUAGCCCAGGAAACAUCUUUGCAUUAGUUAGCCUUCCCCCCACCCCCACCCCCCCCUCCUAUGAGAAACUUUACAAAGUUAUAAGGGGAUUUUAGAGGAUUUAAUCCAUCAGUGUCACUUCACCUCAUCAUAGAUCAGGAGCAGGUCCUGAUCCUUUCAGGCAACAGGCUUUAAAAUGACAGUUUCUAAUCUUCCUUCCCUUCUUCCAAACCAGUACAGCAUCUCCAGGCUACAAAUGGGAUGCCCACUGAACACUGGGUUCCAUCAAAAGGCUGGCAUGGAAUCCUCACUUGAUCCUUUCCAUGCUUUCCACCCCCACCUCAAGAAUGUUCAUCCUCCAUUGUGGGGCUUCUAAACUGGGGAGGAAGGAGGCAGAAUGAGAGAAGAGCUAGAAGUCUGGUUUUUCACAGGGGCAGGACAGAGCUGGGCACUGGGCAGCAGUAGUUAGUGUUCUAAGUCCAUCAGAAUUUUCUUCGUAUUCUGAACUCGGUACCUGUUAUCUUUAUUUUUUCCCCCAAUUCUGACCAGGUGGCUUAAGACACAGAAUGUCAAUCCUAGAUCAUCUAGUUUAAUGACCCCAUUUUACAGGAGAUGAAACUAAAAGAGGGAAAAGAGCUUUUCCCAGAUCACACAGAGAAUUAAUGAAUGGCAGAGGUGGGACCUGAGAAACCCGAAACAUCAGAACAGGCUGAGGAUCUGACAGGUAAAAGCCUGUUUCCAAAGUUGAGAACCUUUGGUCUUUGUCCACUGGGAGAUGGAAACUGAAGCAAUGAUGACCAGUUACACCUUCAUCCCCAACACAUACACCCCGCCAAGGUGAUGUGCACCAGAUUAUUCUAGCAUCAAAUGAGCAGAUUAUGUGGUAACCGAGAAGGGAAACCCAAUAUGGCCAAUAGAGAAAUCAGGAGAGGGAAAAGGUUGGUUGUCUUUUUUUUUUUUUUGGUGGGGGGCUAGGGGGCAGGCACAAGUUUUUUUUUUCAUAGUCUCCAAGUUAGAAGUGACCUUAGAAAUCCUACAGUCCAACCCCUUGUCAGUGUCCCUUAUGGGAUUGAUAAUCCAGCCUUUGCCUGGAAAUGUCCAAUGACAGGAAACUUGCUACCUUUAAAAUAAUUUAGAUGUGCCAACAGAACUUGAAAAUGCUCCUCCAGCUCAUGAGGCAGGAGCAAAGUGGUGGGGUCUGGUUGAAGGAAUCUAAAAUUUGAUGACAGAAACAACUGUCAAAGCUAAGGGAACCUAGCACCAGUCUUCCCUGGGUCAGGACACAGCCUGCCAGAGGCUUGGCAUUUCUUAUAGGCCCUGAAGGCUCACUGCCAUUUUGGGCUAGGUCUUCCUCAUUCCUAUCUUUCUUUCAUCCCCUACCCUCCCAUCUUCCCAUCCAGCUUGUCUUUCCAAGCAGAGACCCUGAUGGCAACAGAGGGUUACAUUUCCUCAGAAGCUUAACUUUGCAAAAGAGGUCCUUCAAAAGGCUGGGAAGCCAAGGUUGGCAUGUGUGCGUGUAUGUGGGUGCAUGUGUGUAGCUGUGUGUCCAUAUUUAACAUGUAAAAAAACCCUUUGGGGAACAUUGUACAUUACCUUCUUCCUAUUCCACUUCCCCGUGGUAGGCCCAGUCAGUCAUCCCUCCUGCCUCUCAGUAGUAUAGCAAUAAUGACCACAGGCCCCCUGGGAUUCACUUGCCCAGGGCUGGGUCAGCCCAGUGCUUGGGGCUGCACACCUGGGGCUAAUCUCUCCAAUCUCUGUACCAAUCAGCUGAGACUGCAGGCUCAGGCCCAGGGUGCCUAGGAGGAAGUGGCUGGGAUACCUUGUGCCAAACCAGGCCUUGCCCACAAAAAAGGGCAUUGCUGAUGGCCUCCUUAGAUGCCCCAGUCAGUUCUGAGGGUUUCACCACUUCCAUUCUUCAAUCUCCCCAUCCCCAUCCCCAGCCAAUAAAGAGGCAAUUUGUUAUCUAAUGAAACUGUACCAUAAUGAUUGCUGUCACUGUCUGGAUGCUCUUUAGCAUUCCUGUCCUGAAGAACUCAGUCCCUUGCUACAAGAGGUUCUGAAGCUGUCAUUUAAAAAAAAAUUGUUUUGUAAAUUCCUGAUGACUAUGCAGGGACGUUGGGGUCUCUCACUCUCACCGUGGUUUGGCUGUGUAUAGCUUUCAAGUUUGGUGGGAGGCAGGGAGGGAGGGAUGUCUUGAGAAUGGCAAAAAGGUGGUUUGUAAAUACUUUGCAUUUUGUCUGAUUAAACACAAACAGACUUCA